AUGCGACCGUCCCAGCCGCUCAAGGCUGCUCAUCUGGUGCUGGAGAAGUAUGAAGUGGCGAUGCAGUUGGAGGCGCGCAUCAAAGAAGGUCCCAAGGCCGAUCUAGAGCCUUACUUAGCAGCUAUAGCACAGCUGGAAGAGAGCGUGCGGUGCUCUGAGGUGCUCCAACCGGUGAAGGGCGCCUGGCAGUUGGCUCUGUCUCACUUGCAGGCGCUGCUGAAGGAGGCCCAUCACCGCCUCAAUGCUGCUUUCAAGCAGAAGCUGCAGCAGUUCACCAAGGCUGCAGACCCAGCAAAGCUAGCAAAAGUGAUGAAGAAGGCCGAGGAGGAGGGCAGGACGCUGCCGGUGCUGCUGGCGAAUAGAAAGGCGGGCGAGCGCAUCCGCCAGCUGGCAGAGGCGCUCAUUCGGAUUGGCCGGGCCGAUAAAUGCCUGAAGAUAUACACCAAUAUGCGCGGCGCCGCGGUGAAGGCGGGGUUUAAGCGCAUGGGGAUGGAAGAGCUCACGCGCGAGCAGAUGGACUGCAUGGUUUGGACGGAUCUGGAGACGCGCGUUGACGGGUGGAAGACGCAGAUCAGCAUGGCGGUGGAUGUGGUUUUCAAGGCGGAGAGGCAGCUGUGUGAGACGGUUCUAGCAGGGUUGGAGCCGCACACAGGCAAGGCGUUUGCGGACCUUGCGGGGCUCACGUUGGGCAUGCUGUUUGGUUUCGGGGAGGUGGUGGCGCGCCAAAGAAUGCCGGUGAAUCAGGCCAAGAAGCUGAUGGAUAUGUUCGAAACACUGUUGAAGAUGUAUGAGACCAUGCAGAAGCUCAUGCCACAGGUGGAGGUGGUGUUUGCGGGCCCGGCAUGUGAUGCCAUACGGGGCAGCGCGCAGCAGCUGCUGCAGCGACUAGCAACGGCCUCUAAGGAGGCAUUUAACAACUUUGAGUUGGCAGUGGCGAGCGAUGAGAAUUACAGCAUGCCGCGCGAUGGCACCAGGCAUGCGCUCACCAGCCACGUGGUGAACAACUUCAACUAUCUCAAUGACGGCUCCCAUCCCACCAUGCAGCUCCUCUUCGGCACUGGCAGCAGCAUCUUCAGUGACAAUAUGAAGCGGGUCGUUGCGGCGCUUCACACCAACCUGGUGGAGAGGAAGAGCAAGAAGUAUGACGAUGACGCGCUCACGCAGUUCUUCCUCAUGAACAACGCUCACUACAUCGUGGAGCGCGUGAUAAUUGGCAAUCUAAAGGAGGUUGUGGGGGAGGAGUGGAUCUACCAACAAAAGGGCGUUGUGGAGAAACAUGCCAAGGCGUACAUUCGCAAGUCAUGGAGAAAGAUUUUUGAGCUACUGAAACCGGAAGGGCCAUCAGGGGAGGGCUUGGACAGUAUUGCGCGUCGCAACACUGUCAAAGAAAGCCCGCUGUUGGACAGUGGCAGGCGCCUAGGCAGCAGCAGCAGAGAGGAGGCCAGCAAGCACAUUCGCUACACGGAUGAAGACCUCAGGGAGCUGCUCCGGGAGUUCUUUCAGGGCAAGGAGAGCUGCAACAUUCUCGUAGCCCAGCCCUCUGCUUCACAAUAG